AUGGUAACAAGGGUAACUCAGACAAGAGCAUCUGUUUCUGUACCCUCAACCUCGUGUUCCUCAAACUCACAAAAAAACAAUUCUAUACACAAUCCAACACCUACAAUUCAACUACUAUAACGUUAGCCACCUCACUCCACUUCUUCACACAAAUAAUGGACCAAAAUGGAGGUGAAACCACUCAGGCUGAAGGAUUUGGGAGGUGCUUAAGCAGCUAUGCAGAUGAUGAGAACGCUCAUGAUAUUCACAGAUACUAUCUUUCAAGAAGAAGUGCUCUUGAGAUGCUAAAAGAUAGAGGAUAUUCUGUUCCUGCUUCUGAAAUUGAUCUCUCUCUCCCUGAGUUUAAGGCUCUCCAUGGUCUCAAUCCUGAUAUUGAUCGCUUACAAUUCUCAGCUACUCAUGCGUCUGAUCCUAAUAAAAGGAUGCUGAUUAUGUUUAGCGGGCCUGGUGUUAUUAAAGUUGGUACUGUUCGUCUCAUUGCUGGUCAGAUUGCUAACAAAGAUACUUUAACUGGUCUCGUAUUAAUUUUGGAAAACCAAAUAACGAACCAAGCUCUGAAAGCUAUGGAUCUUUUUAAGUUUAAGGUUGAGAUGUUCCAGAUUACCGACUUGCUUAUCAAUAUCACAAAGCAUGUUCUAAAACCAAAGCAUCAGGUUCUGACUGAUGAGGAAAAGAAAAAGAUUUUAAAAGAUUACUGCAUCGAAGAAAAGCAGCUUCCUCGAAUCCUGAGAAGAGAUGCAAUUGCGCGAUAUUAUGGGCUAGAGAAGGGACAAGUGGUAAAGGUGACCUACUCUGGUGAUAUUACGGAGUCGCAUGUUACUUACCGUUGUGUCUGGUAAUGUUUUUGAGCUCUGUUGUAUAACUGUAUCAUUGUCCAGAUGUUGUAGAAUGUUGUUGUAUGAGAGUUGUGCUUGGCGUAUGGAUAUUAGUCAAUAAUUUGUAUCCUUGGUGGUGUAGUUUUCUCAUUUCGCUGUGUACCUCUUGAACUGGUUUGAGCCUUUCUAGUGCCAACCAUGUGGCAAUGCCCAUAAGAAAACCUUCAAAUAGUCAAUCAGAAGUGUGGAUGAAAUUUGGAUCA